GAAAUUGCACUGUGAACAUCCUGAAAUAAUACCGAAUACCGCUGAAUAUCACAACAUGAAGGAAAUGAACCAGGAAUUUGAUGUUGCAAGGCAUUUCGUCAGCGUGCUGGAAAUGGAUGAUAGUAUUUCUCCUGGUAUUGCCGCAAUCAAAACGCUACUGAUGGUGCUGGAGAAGACAAAAUUUGAUACCGUACAGGAGCUACACACGACGAUCCAAUCAGCGGUAAGUGCAAUGCGGCAUACGGACAAACCGAUGACUUCGGUUGUUUCCGGGACCGAGUUGUUUUCGCGCUUCAUAACGCUCGCCAAGUUCGACGAUAAGACGAUGGACGAAGUUCGAGACAUCAUGCUAACCCGAGGGAAAAUGUUCUUAACCAAGUUGCUCGAAAGCAGAAAUGUGAUCGCGAAGCAGGCGAUUACCUUCAUUAAUGAUGGCUGUAGAAUUUUGACCCACGCGCGUUCGCGAACAGUCCGUGAAGCGCUUAUAUUGGCGGCACAACGCAACAAACGUUUCCACGUAUUCAUCACACAGAGUGCACCAGACCAUCAUGGCAAACAGAUGGCAGACGAAUUGGAAAAAGCUGGUAUCGAAUGCACUAUCAUCCUGGACACGGCAGUUGGAUACGUGAUGGAGACAGUGGACAUGGUGCUGGUCGGUGCCGAAGGUGUGGUAGAGAGCGGCGGGAUUAUAAAUCGCAUCGGUACCGUAACCAUGGCAAUAUGUGCGAAGGAAAUGAAGAAACCAUUUUAUGCGCUUGUGGAGAGCUUUAAGUUUUGCCGUUUGUAUCCGUUGAACCAACGAGAUCUUCCCGACGAUUAUAAGUAUAAUAAGAAUAAUUUGCAGAACAAAGCGAAGGCUCAUCCGAUGGUAGACUACACACCUCCCGGUUAUAUCACUCUUCUCUUUACCGAUUUGGGCAUACUGGCCCCAUCAGCCGUGAGCGAUGAGUUGAUCAAACUGUACUUGUAG